CCGGUGUCUAUAGACGCUGCUAUAUUCUGUUGAAGAUGUCUAACAGUAGCACUACUCAAGAGACCCUGGAAAUAAUGAAAGAAUCAGAAAAAAAGCUGGUGGAAGAGUCUGUAAGCAAGAAUAAGUUUGUAUCCAAGUCACCAAGUAAGGAAGAGAUUGAGAAGUAGGGUGAGGAUACUAGUGUUCGGCAGCAGACACAGAGACGGGCUUCCAACCAUGGGCAUGCCAGAAAAAGAGCCAAGUCUAAUUCCAAACUGAAACUGCUGCGGAGCCUGGCAGUGUGUGAGGAGUCCUCUGCCCCUUUUGUUGAUGGGCCACUGGAAACCCAAGAUAUAAUUCAACUGCAUAUCAGUUGCCCUUCUGACAAAGAGGAAGAGAAGUCCAUGAAAGAUGGCUCUGAAAAGGAAGACAAAGAUAAAAACAAAGAAAAGGUCCCAAGAAAAAUGCUGUCUAGAGACUCCAGUCAAGUAUAUACAGACUCCACUGGAAUACACCUACAUGAAUUUCUAGUAAAUACACUGAAAAAAAAAAAACCAAGGGACAGAAUGAUGCUGCUAAAGUUAGAACAAGAGAUUCUGGAAUUCAUUAAUGACAACAAUAACCAGUUCAAGAAAUUUCCUCAGGUGACCUCAUAUCACCGGAUGCUAUUACACCGGGUUGCUGCCUAUUUUGGAAUGGACCACAAUGUUGACCAAACUGGAAAAGCUGUCAUCAUCAACAAAACCAGUAACACAAGAAUCCCUGAACAGAGGUUCUCAGAGCAUAUCAAAGAUGAGAAGAAUGUAGAAUUUCAACAGAGGUUCAUCCUGAAGAGAGAUGACACCAGCAUGGACCGGGAUGAUAACCAGACUGGCCAGAACGGAUAUCUAAAUGACAUCAGGGGGAACCGUGAGGGGCUGAGCCGUACCUCGAGCAGCCGCCAGAGCAGCAUAGACAGCGAGAUCAAAUCCCUGGAGCCCUGGCCCUGGAGCAGCACAGACUCAGAUGGCUCUGUCCGUAGUAUGCGGCCACCUGUUACCAAAGCCAGCAGCUUCAGUGGGAUCUCCAUUCUCAACCGGGGUGACAGCAUUGGGAGCAAUAAAGGAGGCAAUGCAGGAAGAAUCUCCAGGCCAGGUUUAGCACUAGGUGCCCCAGAAGUGUGCAACCAGGUCACCUCAUCCCAGCCUGUCCGGGGCCUUCUCCCUUGCACUGCCCAACAGCAGCAGCAGCAGCAUCCAGCUCUCCCACCCACACCCCAGCAACAGCCACCCUUGAGUAAUCACAUGAUCUCACAGACGGAUGAUCUCAGCAACCCCUUUGGGCAGAUGAGCCUUAGCCGACAAGGUUCUGCCGAAGCAGCUGAUCCAUCUUCAGCCCUGUUCCAGCCCCCGCUUCUCUCCCAACACCCUCAACAGCCUGGCUUCAUCAUGGCCUCUACAGGCCAGCCUCUCCCCACCUCCAACCAUGUACUCCCGGCCCAGCAAGUCCUACAGCCUCAGGGCUACAUACAGCCCCCGCAACAGAUACAGGUUUCUUACUACCCUCCUGGGCAGUAUCCCAACUCCAACCAGCAGUACCGACCUCUUUCUCACCCGGUGGCCUACAGCCCCCAACGUGGUCAACAGCUGCCUCAGCCAUCUCAGCAGCCUGGGUUACAGCCCAUAAUGUCCAACCAGCAGCAGGCAGCUUACCGGGGCUUUAUGGGUAUCCAGCAGCCGCAGAAUCAAGGCCUUCUCAGCAACCAGAGGAGCAGUAGGGGGGGCCAGAUGCAAGGCCUAGUGGUCCAGUAUACUCCACUACCUUCAUACCAAGUUCCAGUGGGAAAUGAGUCCCAGAAUGUGGUCCAGCAGCCCUUUCAGCAACCUGUGCUGGUCCCUGCUAGCCAGUCAGUACAGGGGGGCUUACCAGCAGGGAGCAUGCCUGUGUACUACAGUGUGAUCCCACCAGCACAGCAGAAUGGCACAAGCCCUUCGGUAGGGUUUCUACAGCCCCCUGGCUCUGAGCAGUACCAGAUGCCUCAGUCUCCUUCCCCAUGCAGCCCACCACAGAUGCCACAACAGUACUCAGGAGUGUCCCCAUCUGGACCAGGUGUGGUAGUCAUGCAGCUGAAUGUCCCCAGUGUUCCUAAUGGUUCCCAGGCCCCACAGACCCCAUCUAUGGUCCAGUGGAGUCACUGUAAAUACUACAGCAUGGACCAGUGGGGUCAGAAGCCCGGAGACCUGUACAACCCUGAGAGCAGCCCCCAGGCCAACACACAGAUGAAUAGCCCUAUCACAUCUCCCACUCAGUCUCCAACCGCAUCUCCCGUCACCAGCCUCAGCAGCGUCUGCACAGGACUCAGCCCUCUUCCUGUCCUUACUCAGUUCCCCCGACCUGUUGGCCCUGCCCAGGGCGAUGGGCAAUAUUCCCUCCUAGGCCAGCCAUUACAGUACAAUCUGUCCAUCUGUCCUCUCCUGCUCCAUGGCCAGUAGACUUAUACAUCACACCAGGGACAGACUGGAAUGAAGCAUGGAAACCGGGGGAAGAGGCAGGCACUCAAAUCUGCCUCCAGCGACCUAGGGACUGCAGAUGUUUUCCUGGGGCGGGUGUUGGAGGUAACAGAUCUCCCUGAGGGCAUCACCCGCACAGAGGCUGACAAACUCUUCACGCAGCUCGCCAUGUCCGGCGCCAAGAUCCAGUGGCUCAAGGACGCUCAGGGGCUGCCAGGCGGCGGGAGCGGGGGCAGUGGAGGGGCGGGGGGGGGUGGGGGGGAGGACAACAACGGGACUGCCGAGAAUGGCCGGCACACAGACCUCACUGCCUUAUACACCAUCGUGGCUGUGUUCCCCAGCCCCCUGGCGGCCCAGAAUGCCUCCCUCCGCCUCAACAACUCCGUGAGUCGCUUCAAACUUAGAGUGGCCAAUGAUCUGAGGAUCCUGGAGCCGGCCAGCUCCCAGUAGGCAGAGGAGGGGAAGAGGCCAGCACCACGGGUUGGGGCAGGGUGGCAUGGGCAAGGGUUGCAGAAAAAGCACAGAUAGAGAUGCUGAUCCAGACAGACAUGAGACAUACAU